AUGGGGAAUUGCUUAAGAUCACAAGGAAAACUAGUACAGGUUGCGAAACCCGAUGGUAAGAUACUCGAAUACAAAGCAUCCAUGAGAGUAAUCGACGUGCUGUCAGAAUUCCAGGGACAUGGACUGUCAGAUAAUCUUCCAGUCCUGCAAUAUAUGAAGCCGAAUAUCGAAUUGAUGGCAGGUCACCUAUACUAUCUUAUACCUCUUCCAGUUCAAUCUCCAAAGGUUAAAAAGAAGGUAAGUUUUGCUGAACCAGAAAAAGUGGAAGAAAGUAAGAGCAAAGACACAAGUUUAACCAUAAAGUUGGUUAUCAGCAAGCAAGAGCUGAAGGAGAUGCUAGAAAAAGGAGCUGUCUCACUGGAUGAACUAGUUUCAAAGCCACAGAAUGAUAGGUGUCGGACUGAGAAGCUCGAUGAGCAGAGCUAUGGAAGCAAGACAUGGAUGCCUUCUUUAAAAAGCAUACAUGAAGUAGACUAA